AGCUUUUCUGCCCAUCAAUUGGCGCUGUCCAAAACUCAUUGCCUUUUACGUUUUGUUUGAAGUGUGGCAAGGCGUAUAGUGCUGCUUGAGCCUUUAUUUUGAUCAUCACCAGCUGACAAGAGGCCCUAUUAUCUCACCUUCGAUUUUACGCUUAACUUCUUCCCGUAGUGCGACCAUGGCCAUUGAGAAUGGAAGGAAGAAGCGCAUGCCCUGGGAUACGCUGCUUUCUGAUAGUGAAGAAGAUCACGCAGGCCUUAUGCCAACCCCGCUCGGCGAGGCACGCUCAAGCGACAGAGAAGUAGCAUCCGAUCAUUCGCAACGUGCCGAAAACAAGAUGGAGACAGUUAUCAACAAAUUCAAAACCUUUGCUGAACAGUCCUCGUACAGUCCACAUCCAGCGCUGAAGGAUGAUUACAUUGGGGAGGGCGAAUCCUAUCGUAGCGGCAGUAACUAUGUCCCCAAGUCAAGUCAGGGAGGAUCGUUUGGUCAUAGCAAUAGCACGAAUAUCAGUGGAAGGGGGAAGACGUCCAAUAUUCGUCACACGUUUCCAACAUUGCGAGGGGGGUUGACCAAACCUGUAACACUAGACCGGACCAAGUUCAAAAGAACCCUUCAGCAAAGAGCUCGGGAUUUCGAGUUUACGGCACCCGGACCUACUACGGUCUGGCAAAAUGGGGUGCCUGCACAGGAUGUCCCUCAAGGUACAAAGGGUAAAUCACUUGCCUCGGUUCCCAAGGGCUCGUCGAAGGUGCCUCAGACCAAAAAGGAGCUGAAAGCCCGCUUGGAUUCUUUUGAGCUUUCUCUGCCCGGUCCCACGCAAACAUGGAUUAAAGGCAAGGCAAUUCCGCCAAAUCCCGCACCCACAAGGUCGGAGCCACCGCAUGUGAAGGAUGCUGCACCGCAGGCCGCCAAAAGUAUACCGUUUUCAGUACCUCACACGCCACAAGACGUUAGCAAUUCGAGUACACGCUCCCUCCAGGCAGCCGCAACUGACCGGCGUACAGACUCAAGCUUCGAGGUCAUCUGUGAUGCCCGACCCAGUCGCUUGUCGCGGGUCCAAUCGCACGCCGUGCCAGAUAAAAAGUUGGCCAAUGGACCUACGGCGCAGAAUAUAUCAUCUGAAGUGAAGCAACUUCAACAAGACAGUAGCGCAAGCAAUCUGGCGUACGCUGAUAAUGAGGGUGUGCCGCCGUUCUCCAAUUCAGCUGCAACUAUGGAGAACCCCGCUGCGUCGUUGACGGAUCUGUCUGCCGCGACAUCCCGUAUGUCAUCAACCACCUCGCAUCCUAUCGUUAAAAUCUUGCCUACCGACAACGCGGAAUGCGCCAACGAGCAGCCAAUGACGGGAUCACCCGUGAUAGGCGGUAAAAAAGGUAAUGGGGUGCCAGCACAUGCGUCAUUGUGGCCGUCCUGGACCGGGAUACAGACAGUGGGAGAACAACCAAACUGGUCGCACCAAGGAUUGCGGCCGUAUGCUUUUUCGGCAGAAUUGCUCCCCGGCAGUUGGGGCUACCCUACUCCCUAUCCAUCAGCAUUUCAAUUCGUUGGGACAUCGCAGGGCCCUCGUCCUGGCAACAAUAAAACUCAAGACAAUGGAGAGGUUCAGAUUAGGGUGAAGGACAGAGAUGGAAAAAUGUUAACCCUCUCUCUUGCUGUGGACGACACUGACCCGUCUGCUACCAUUUCGCAAUUUUGCAAUGAUCACAAUAUUGGUGGCUAUGUGGACUUAGUGAAGAGGAUUGCAGAACAGAAGCUGGCGGAGCGCAAGGGACAGUAGACGUUAGCGGUGAUUCCAAAGAGGUUUCCUUCCGUCAUGUUAAAUUGUAACGUCCGAUUGAUUGUGCAAGGUUGUAGUUUAUUGGCCAAUUUAACUGAAGAAGCCUCAUACUAGCAACAAAAGCAACAUGGUAGAUAAUCCGUAAC